AUGGCAUUCACUCAAUUGACGUGGAAAGACUUUUUGAAAACAUUCGAAUUUGUCGAUCAAGCGGUCAGUGUUUUUUGAAACAUUUUGAUAAAGAUUGAUGUCCUUUUUGUUUUUCUCUUUCCAAAAAAACAUCAUGUUUUUGUUUACCAUUCCCACAAAAUGUUUUUUUUUCAAAAAAUAAAAAUAUUUUUCUAGUUCGAUUCAGUUGUAAAUAUGAUAACUGGUGAUGGAAAUGAAGAUGGUUCUUCAAAUGAUUCGAGUAAUAAUAAUAGUGAAACUGCAAUUCUGACUGCUGGAUCACAAAAUACUGCAGUUGUAUUGAAACGAAAACGAAGAAGUGAUAGUAAUUAUGAAGAAGCAUCGACUUCGAAAAAGAGUUCGUCGGAAGAUGAUGGAAGUGAUAAAGAGGAUUUGGGAGCACUGAGGUUCGUUUGGUUUUGGAGAUUUUUUUCCCUGAAUAAAACUUUUCAGGAUGAAAAAUUCACCUUAAAUUUUACCAAAUAACAUUUUUUUAUUCCAAGUUCCCGAAGAAUGUUUCUAAAAUUGGGAUUUAAAAAUAUAAAUUUCGCAAAAAUCUAAUAUUUUUUACCAAGAUGGAAAUUUACAAUAACAAAAUAAAUUUUCAAAAAUUAAAAAACGUGAAAUUUUUACGUGACCUAUAUUUCGUGGCAUUUGCAUUAUUUUUACCAAAAAAAAAAACAAAUCAUUUCAUUGCUUACUCGAAAAUGUCCGAAACGAUGUGAGAAAUUACCUCUUAUCCCUACAUUUCAAAUUUAUCUAUUCAUUUUCCAGGUUUUUGUCGAGUAUCACAAGUGUUAUCAUAAAUCCAUUGAGAAGAUCAAUAUAUAGUGGAGAUGAUUCUUGGGUUCCUGCUGAUUGCGAACAACUUGCCGAGUUUCCCAAAGAGUUGCUGGAUAAUUACAAAAAAGUGCAUCCGAAUGUUGAAGCGCCGCAAAAAUAUAAUUUGGUGAAUGGAGAUUUUGCGGUUCUUGUUAGUAAAGCUGUGAGUUGAUAUAUUUUUUUUUGAAAAAUUGAUGAAUUUUUGUAGAGUUUGGAUGAGGCUGGAUCAAAAAGAAAAACGAAAUCAGAACAAAAAAGUCGUGAAGAAGUUUUGACAAAUAAUCCAUUAAAUGCUUCCGCUGAAAAAACACCAUCGGCUGAAAAAACUAGCAAAGAAGAAAUUAAAGAAAAAACGUCUUCAAUUGAACAAAUCGAACAUCCUCUUCAUCAUCUUGCAAUAACUCUUUAUGAUGAGAAAAAUUCGAAAUAUGUUGUAUCCCUUUUCCGGAGUCAUAAUUUCGAAAAUGUUGUUGCACUCUGUGAAAGAUGUCGAGAAAAUCCAGAACUUUUUCGAAGUUUUCCACGCGAUGUUGAUAUUAAGGAGUAUCUUUUAACGAUUUUCAACGAAUUGCGAGAAAAUAUGACAUGGAAAACAGUGCAUAUUGCAGCCAAGAUUGGAUUAAUUGAAUAUUUUGAAGAGAUGAAAGAGCAUAAAAGAAAACGAUAUUUUAAUAUGAUUGCACAACCUGAAGGAUUAAAUGCACUUAUGAUUGCUGUACAAAAUGAUCAAUUAGAAACUGUUAAAUUGAUGUUAGAACAAGGAGCGGAUAUUAAUAUUGUAUCACAAGAAGGUGAAAAUAUAUUACAUAUUGCGGCUUUAUCGAGUAUGGAAAUGAUCAAAUUUUUAUGGGAGACCAAGAAAUGUGCAACAAUGUUGAAUAAAAGCGAUGCUGCUGGUAAUUCUCCGAUGUAUAUUGCAUUGACCAAUGGAUAUUUGAGUAAUGCGAGAUUGUUGAAGAAUUUGGGAGCAACUCUGACUGCGGCUGAAGCAACACAUGAAGCAACACCUUUGAUUGGAUCAGUGAAACGGGGAAAACUCGAUGUUGCGUGGGUUUUUUGUUUUUUGAGUAUGAAAAAGUAAUGUGAUGAGUAUGUAUUUUAGAACUCUGAAAAAGAUAUUGGAAAUCAAACCGGAUGCAUUUGAAGAAGUCGAACCGACAACUGGAAAUUCAGUUCUACAUUGUGUAACAACGAAAAGAUGCCUAGUUAUGCUGAUGGAAAAAUAUGUGAGUUUUACUUUUUUGUUUCAAAAAAUAUUCUGAAAUCCUCCGUUGUAGACCAAAAAACCAAAUUUCAUAUAUUCGAGCUCAAAAACUCAAGUUCAGAACACAAUUCUACAUUUUGUGGGUUCCCAUUUCCAAUAUUUUUUUCUCAGAAAGAUAAAGUUAACACAAGCGCCUGCAACAAUCUGAAACAAAACCCAAUUCAUGUUUUCGCUGCCAAAGAAGAAAUCGGAUUAGUUAUGACAAUUUGCUCAUUUUCCGCUGAUAUUGAUGUUCAAGAUGGAAAUGGAAACACUCCACUUCAUUAUGCUGUAACCAAAGGAAAUCUUGAUAUGACAAGACAAUUAUUGUGUCUUGGUGCAGAUCCGAAUAAAUUGAAUCAUUUCAAAGAGUCGCCAAGACAUAUUGCAGCGAGAUUUUCGGAAAAGUUAGUCGUAUUUUUACUCGAAAUUAAAAAUCGUUUAUCUUUUUCAGACAGAAGGCAGUUGAUAUGGUACGGUCUUUGAUUAUUUGUGGUGCGAAAACAUGCGAUGUUGGAUUUGUUGGUUGCGCAUUCGGAUGUAUGAAUCGAGAAGGAAUUGGAGCAUAUCGAGCACAUAUAACAUCUGAAGAUGAAAAGAUCAAGAAUGCACAAGUUGCAAAAGAUGCGACAACUGGAGCCUAUGAAUUUGAGCUCGAUCCGGAUACUCAUGUUUUGAAUGAAGCGUAUGCGGAGAAAAAUGAAGUUCGAGAUUUUCCGCAUAAAAUGGCCCUCGAAAGAGUGAAAGAGAAAUUAGAGCAACUUGCGAAAAAACAAGAUAAAUCAAAUAUUGUCAAUGUUUUGGCUCUAGAUGGUGGUGGAAUUCGAGGAUUAGUAACUGUUCAAAUGUUGAUUGCUCUAGAGAAAUAUUUGGAUAAACCGUUGAUUGAAUAUUUUGAUUGGAUUGGUGCAACGAGUACUGGAAGUUAUAUUAUGUCAACUUUGUUAGUUGGACAAAAUAUUCGACAAGCUCAGCGGUAUUAUCUACAAUUCAAAGAUUUAUUAUUUGAUUCGUGGAAACGGCCAUAUGAUGCGAAUAUUUUGGAGGGUUUGAUGAAGAGAUUAUUUGGAGAGAAUUUGAAAAUGGGAGAAGUAAAGUAUCCGAAAAUAUUCUGCACAACAGUUCGAGCUGACACUUUUCCAGUUCAACUUGAUUUAUGCCGAAGUUAUCGAUUACCAUUAACUGACAAGGAAAAUGAUGAACUUGGUUUUAAAGAUCCGAACGAAUUGACAUUAUGGAAAGCCUGUAGAAGAAGUAGCGCGGCUCCCACGUAUUUUUCAGCAUCAGAAGGUACGUUUAAGCUUGAUUUAAAAAUAGUUUCACCUGUUAUUCAAAAUAAUAAAAAUAAUAUUUACAAACUAUAAAUAGACAUUAAAAGUUUAAAAUAAUCAUCGACGAACUCUUUGAUGAUUUAUACUAACUAUUGUUGAGAUUUUUGGGCCAACUGUCAAACUUCCAUUAUAGAGAAUUUUUGAUUUCUCAAUUAUAAUUGCGCGAAUUGUUGGACUUGCCACAAAAUAAACUAAAAAUGUCAUCAUUGAAGACGCGGAAAUUCUAGAAUAGAAUAUUAUUUCUUUUGUUGAAUGGGAUAAUUGACUGUAUUGAUCCUAAAUGAACAAAACAUUAAUUCUAGAUUAAUUUUUCAUGGAAAUACUCACUGAAAAUAUAGUGAUGAAUAGAUUCGAUAACUCAUAUCCUAGAAUAAAAGUUGUUGUUGAAAUUGAUUGCACUAAUAGGGCUCUCUCAAAUUUUUGACGAAUUUUAGAAUUACUCAUAAUUGGCGGGAGAUUUCGACUGGCCACACUUGUUCGAUCUAAAAUAUUUUUUUUCAAUAAAGUUAUACCACAGGUGAAAAUAUUUAAUUAUGAAUUUACUUCCUAAAGAUUGUGUUGCAUUACUUCUUAUCAAAUUAUUGGUCAAAUCUCCGCGUUUCAUUGAAAGAUAAAUAAUUAACAUAAUAUUUAGAAUCAUUGAAAUUAAUGGGAUUAUAAUUAUAUAUUUGUUUUGAAGAAGAGUUAUCUGAAAUUCAUUAUCUACCAAAAUUGUUCCUCCAGAUAUAUUUUUAUUUACCCAAUGUCUGUCUGGUUGACACGCUGCUUCAAAACGAAUUGUUCGUUGAUUUACAUUAAUUUGACAAUUUGAGAAAUAUGGAACUAAUAAGCAAAACAAGUUGAAGAUUACCAAAAGUCCACAAUAAAUCCAUAUUCGAUUUUCUGUGAACACUUUUGACAUUGGCUUAUAAACUGUGUAAAUUCGUUGAGUUAUCAUUAAUAAUGUUAAAUAUAAUGGAUGCAUGUAUGAAAAUGUGCAAAUAAGAGUAAAGAUUGGGCCAACAGAUGAGCGAAAUUCUGACAGAAAAAUUUUUAUGUCCGGAAGUACUUUGUAUCCAGCCGGCUGAAAUAUUUACUUACCUGAAUAAGUGAUAUCAUCCAUAAGUAUUGGUAAUAUAAAUAGAAUAUAAAGAGUUAGGGCAUCUACAGUAUUUCCCAUUAUCAUAUUGUAAAUAUAUACAACUGGGAUUCGAGCUAGAAUAUAGUUUUGAGAUUUUAUUAGUCACAUUUUGUUUUUCAUUUCAUGUUCACCUGGACACUUCGAAAUGACUAACGAAACAAAGUUCGGUGAUAAAUUAUUUGCAAAUUUUGUAUCCAGAAUUUAUUUCAUAAAGAUGGGGAUUUUUGAAAGAAAAUGGGACAGGUUAUAACUAUUUUAGAUCACUAGAUUUUUUGAAAGUAUUUCCUCUCUGAGUCCUAAACUACAAACUACAAAAAAAGUUUGCAACUCUUGUCAAUGAUUCUGUCAAUGACAAAUACUCACCUUUAUCUCUAUGCACCAAAAUCACCAAAUAAAAAUACAAAUUGAAACAUAUUGAAAAAAUGUGAAAGAAUGAAAAUAUGAAAAAUAAUAUGGGUAACAUUUUUCUGAAAUAACUAACUAACUAGCUUAUUUCAAAUCUCCCCGUCUGAAAAAAGUCAAAAAUCACCUGUCAAAGGAAAAAACGAGAUUAUGAUAUGCGAAGCGAAGAGAAAUGACUAAUUUUUAAAUUAAUUUAGGGAAAUAUAUCGAUGGUGGAAUGAUUUCGAAUAAUCCGACACUUGAUUUGCUCUCCGAAAUUUGUUUCUGGAAUACGACUUGUCAGAAAAGCGGGGUAUGAUUUUGAAUUUAAAAAAAGAAUCACUAAAGUAUGUUUUUUUUGCAGAACAAUGGAAAAGUUGUUGAUAUUGGAUGUGUUUUAUCGGUUGGAACUGGUGUUACACCUGUCAGUCCAGUCGAUCCGUCUGUUUUUGAAAUGAAUGAUUUGAUGGGAUUAUUGAGAGGAAUUCGCAAUUUAUCACUUGUGGUCAUUGAUCAGGUUAGAAAUUAGAAAUGAGUCAGAAACGGGAAAAUUUGAUUACUUUUUUGGAAUGUCUUGGAUGAGAAAUUCUCACGAUGUUUGCUCGAAAAGUGCAUUUGGUUUACAAAAAAAUUUUAGAGACAAGUUUUCAGAUUUUUUCUUAAAACAAUUGGUCUUCGAAAACUCAAAGAAUAAUGAUUUGCCCGAAAAUUUCAUUUGGGAAUUGAUAUAUUUCUGAUUAGCUCUAAGUUGGUCGGAAUUUUUAAAACGAUUUAGGAAUUGAACCUUGAAACAGAAAGGUUCAAGUCGAAAGCCUAGAACAACCUCAGAAAAUGCAAAAAGUGCUGUAGGGGACAUGUUUUUCCAAAAAAAAAUUGGUUAAUUUUCAGGCAACGGCGACCGAAGGUGCACCAAUCACCCGAUCUCGAUCUUGGUGUCAUUCACUUGGAGCACCGUAUUUUAGACUCAACGCACCGAUUUUCAAGGUAAUAUCUUUGAAGUUUUUUUUUUCGCAAAAAAUAAUACUUACAUGUUUCUAGGACAUAAUAUUGGACACAAACGACGAUUUGGAUUUGGCAAAAAUCAUGUGGGAUUCAGUGGUUUAUUCGCAUACACACAGGUUUGUCUCACCAAAAAAUCUUUGUUAGUUUAGCUCGAUCAACCAAAAAAUUUAACGAGGAAAUUCUUUAAUUCGGUUGUUAUUAGAUCAAUUUAGUUAGAAACUUGUGUUUUGGAGCCUAAAAGAUAUAAAUUUCAGAAAGGACUUUGAGGAAAUUGCGAAUCUUUUGAAAAUGAUUGGAACAACUGAAGAGCGAAAAAAAUAUUUGUAA